AAGCUUAAGAAAUUUCACAACUUGCUUCAUCACUUCACAAAUCUCACUCCCCUGGUACAUACACACACCCGCUCCCACACACUCUCUCUGUGAAAAGAAGAGACCGAGAUGGGAUCAGUGUCCCUGAAAAUUGGAGAUGGAACAGCCAGAUUCAGGAGAGCAAGUUUCUGUUCAUCGGCAGUGAACAUUCUCAUGCUCUUCUCUGUUAUAACCACAAAUCUUUUUGCAUUAUAUGCCUUCACAUCUUCUCCAAAAGACCAUCAAGCUCACCUCGUUCACAAUCCCCAUAAAAACAUUUCUUUGAUCUCCGAGCAUGUCUCUUUAAUACUAAGAGAGAUCGCUUCUUCUCAGAAAAAGCUUGCCAGGAUGGAAAAGGAGCUUUUGGGCUAUGAAACCAUGGAUAUUUCAAGGCCCAAUAUUGCAAGUGAGCUCAAAUUGUUCUUGCAACACCAUCAACUCCCUCUUGGUAAAGAUUCAAGAACUGGGAUCACUGAGAUGGUGGCUUCUGUGGGUCAUUCUUGUGAGAAAUCUCCAGACUUGUUGUCCCAGUAUAUGGUUUACAAGAUUUCCGGGCCUUGUCCUGAUGAUUGGAGCCUUGGGCAGAAGCUGAUUUUGCGUGGAUGUGAGCCUUUGCCCAGAAGGAGAUGCUUUGCCAAGUCUGUUCCAAAGGUGGGUCUUUAUCGUUUUCCUGUUUCACUUUGGAAACCUGUUGGUGAAAAGAUUUUAACUUGGAGUGGUCUUGGUUGCAAGAAUUUUGAGUGCUUGAAUAAAAAGAAAUUGAGUAGGGAUUGUGAUGGUUGCUUUAAUAUUACUAGUGGCUAUGAGACUCAAAAGUUUGUUAAAGCUAGAGGCAGGAAUGAUUUUCUUAUUGAUGAUGUGUUAGCUCUAGCAAGUGGAGGAAUUAGAAUUGGAUUUGAUAUUAGUGGUGGGUCUGGAACUUUUGCUGCUAGAAUGGCAGAGAGAAAUGUGACUGUGAUUACUAAUACUUUGAAUGUGGAUGCUCCAUUUAGUGAAUUUAUUGCAGCAAGAGGGCUUUUCCCUUUGUAUUUGAGUUUAGAUCAUAGGUUCCCUUUCUAUGAUAAUGUGUUUGAUUUAAUCCAUGCUUCAAGUGGACUGGAUGGAGGGGACAAACCUGAAAAAUUAGAGUUCUUAAUGUUUGAUAUCGAUCGAAUUCUGAGGGCUGGUGGAUUGUUCUGGUUAGAUAACUUCUAUUGUGCAAAUGACGUGAAGAAGACAGCUUUGACUCGAUUGAUUGAGCGAUUUGGGUAUAAGAAGCUGAAAUGGGUUGUGGGUGAGAAGGUAGACACAGCUGGGUCAGGGAAAUCGGAAGUUUAUUUGUCUGCCGUUCUUCAAAAGCCAGCAAGAGUGUGAUGAUUACUAGAGUUUUCACAUGAAACUGAAGGAGGUGAGAAUAUUGCUUCCAUUUCUAGCUUUGUUCACACAGAAUUUCGUGUGAGUUCAGUGCCUCAAACACCCUCAUGAAUUCAUUCCAACAUGCAAUAAGUACAUCAAUUAUUACUUCUCUCAACUGUAAACCACCAUUUGAAGAUGUGAUAUUUGUGCUUUGUAAUCCAUCAACUGCUUUAUCUUUUACUGUAUUUUAGGGGAUUUAAUUAUCCAAGCUAAAAGAAAUGUUAGGAAAUGGAAAAUUCAUAGUGUAUUUUUUAAUCUUUGAAGUGCGAGUUCGUGCCCAUGGUGCUUGUUCUAGAUCUUAAA